AUGCUCGGCGGGGAGAGGGGUCAGGGCAAACAGGUGGAGAAAGGUGGCGAUCUCCACUCGCGAAAAAUAAAAGUAAUUCUUGGCGGGGUGGAGGUGGAGGAUAGCGUCGUGGUGAGACUGGGACCAGUUAACCGGGCAAAGCAGUUUCACUCCGCCAGCGAAAUCGCGCUCGGCGUCAAGAGCUUUCCCGCUCCGGACGAUCAGCAAAAAACCACAGUGAUUGAAAACGGUGAAAUCAGAUUCAAUGGAAAAGGGAAAAAGAUUCGGAAGCCUCGAACCAUUUACUCUAGUCUACAACUCCAGGCUUUAAAUCAUCGCUUUCAGCAGACUCAGUACCUGGCACUUCCAGAGAGAGCUGAACUGGCAGCUUCAUUAGGACUUACCCAGACACAGGUGAAGAUCUGGUUUCAGAACAAACGCUCCAAAUUCAAGAAGCUGCUGAAGCAGGGCAGCAACCCCCACGAGAGCGACCCUCUGCCCGGCUCCGCCGCACUCUCCCCUCGCUCUCCGGCUCUGCCUCCAGUCUGGGACGUUUCAGCUUCUGCCAAGGGAGUCAAUAUGCCUCCCAACAGCUACAUGCCUGGCUAUUCUCACUGGUAUUCUUCUCCACAUCAAGACACAAUGCAGAGACCACAAAUGAUGUGA